AUGGAAGAAAAUCAGACAAUGGUCACAGAAUUCAUCCUACUGGGAUUUUGUCUUGGAACAAAGAUUCAUAUAGUCCUUUUUGCAGUUAUCUUUCUCUUGUACAUUUUCACCCUGCUGGGGAAUGGGCUCAUCCUGGGGCUCAUCUGCCUGGACAGCAGACUGCACACCCCCAUGUACUUCUUCCUCUCCCACCUGGCCAUUGUGGACAUCGCCUACACCUGUAACACGGUGCCCCAGAUGCUGGUGAACCUGCUGAACCCAGACAAGCACAUCUCCUUUGCUGGCUGCAUGACCCAGACCUUCUUCUUUUUGACUUUUGCUAUUUCCGAAUGUCUGCUCCUGGUGGUGAUGUCCUAUGACCACUAUGUGGCCAUCUGCCAGCCCCUCCAAUAUUGUACCAUCAUGGACUGGAGUGUCUGCAAUACUUUGGUUACCACUUCCUGGGCCUGUGGCUCGCUUCUAGCCCUGCUCCAUACAAGCCUCAUCCUCAGGUUGCCCUUCUGUGGACCCAAUCAAAUCAGCCACUUCUUCUGUGAAAUCCUGACUGUCCUCAAGCUGGCCUGUGCUGACACCUGGCUCAACAAAGUCGUCAUCUUUGCAGCCUGUGUGUUUGUCUUAGCGGGGCCCCUGUGCCUGGUGGUUGUGUCCUACACCCGCAUCCUGGUUGGCAUCCUGAGGAUCCAGUCAGGGGAGUGUUGCAGAAAGGCCUUCUCCACCUGCUCCUUCCACCUCUGUGUGGUGGGGAUCUUCUUUGGCAGUGCCAUUGUCAUGUACAUGGCCCCAAAGACCCGCCAUCCUGAGGAGCAGCAGAAGAUCCUUUUCCUAUUUUAUAGUUUUUUCAACCCCAUGGUGAAUCCCUUGAUUUACAGCCUGAGGAAUGCAGAAGUGAUGGGUGAUCUGAGGGGGUUGCUGUGCAAGGUAAGUCAUUCCCAAGAGGUGUGA